GAGAUGACGGGGAGAACUGGGUGGUGAAGGAGAAAAGGAGGAGAAGGAUGGUGAGGGGGAGAAGUAUGGUGAUUGAAAAAAGAAUGGUGAGAGAUGUUAAAGGAGAGAAGGAUGGUGAGGAAGAGAAGAAGGGAGACGGAGAAAAGAAUGCGAGGGAGAGAAGGGAAAGGUCAUGUACUUAAUCCUAUGAUACCAAAUAAGAGAGGGAGAGGCCGUGGGAGAGUUACUAAGUGACAAGUGUGUGAGGUUGGGAGGUAAUAGAGAUGACAGGGGAACGAAAGAGGGAGGGAGAAAGAGAGAGAAAGGGAACAGUUGUACCUCAUACGCUUAUACUAAAUGACAAGUGUCAUUUAUACUCCAUGACAAGGCAUGGAAGAGAGCGGAGAGUGGAGAGGGAACGUUCUAUCACGUUGUAUAUUGUACACAUGUAGGCGUUUCUUCAGUAGGACGAUGCUGGUGGAGAGUUCAGAUUGAAGACACCGAUGAACGACAAGAAGUGAAGUCAGAAUCGUUGCAAGCUGAAUAUAGAUGUGAUGGAGGAAGGCCAAAGACAGACAGAUGAAGGUGACACAGAGAAUGGCGGAUGCUCACCAGCAAGGUGCAGAGCAGACACUGACGAGGACACGCCAUCAGACGAGGAGCUUGUGGGUACUGUCAUGGGCACCCCGCAAGGAAGGACUGAAGGAGCAGGCAUGGAAGAUGUUUAUGAAGAAAGUGACGGAUUUAGUGAUGGCACAGACGAGGAAGAAGGAGAUGGGAUACAAGACAUGUCACAACUUGGAGCAGGUGCUAUAGCGGUCAAACUCCAGACUGUUCACCAACAGUCAUACCAACUUGUUGGUAAAGAUACCACGGCACUAGCACAACACAUUGUAGGAUGUUGUCAGCCACCACAGGGAGACAUAGCAUCAGCACCGCAGCAACAACAGCAACCCCAACCAGUUUCAGCUGGUGAUGCUGAUCCAACUACAAGUCAAGCACAGCUGUCCACAGCUACAUCUUCUGUAGUUCCUGAAACACAAAGUCUACCGGGUCCAAGAAAACCAACCCUGACACCAGCGGCCACAUCUACAUCUUGUGUAGUUCCUGUAACAAGUCUACAGGUCCCAGGAAAACCAGCCGUGACACCAGCGUCCACAAUGUCUCCCAGAAUACCAGGAUCUGUUGUGUCAAAGAUACAGUCAUUGGGGCUCCCUGGGGUACCAGGGACUGGGGACACUACUGCAGUCACACAGUACAACCUUUACCAAGUACAACAAAACUUUGGAGAUGUGACAGUGAAGGGCGCUAAGAAUUUGAACAUUGGCGGAACUCAGAAUGUCGGUACACCUCCCACCAACCAGGAGGAAGAGGAGAAGCCACUGACUGUUGCACAGAAGAUCAGGAAAAGAACAUCAUCUAGGAUACAGACAUGGACUAAAGACAUGGUGGAGACAGACGCCCUGAAGGAAGUGAAGGGCAAGAUAGACAGAGGAGCAACAUGGGUGACAAUUAAAGGAAGACCAGGUGAGGGGAAGUCCACAACAGCCUACAUGGCUCUCAAAGACCAGUACAAUCAGGGUAGACAAGUAUACCAGGUGGAGUCACCAGAAGAAUUCAGUGAGGUCGCAUUGGCCAGCAAGAACGCUGUAAUUAUGUUAGAUGACAUAUUUGGUGAUUUGGAAUUUGACGCAGCUGAGUGGGCGAAGUGGAGACCACGUUUACGACCUAUCGUAGAUGUGACAGACCCUGACACGAAUACUGAAAAUACACCUGAGAAAGGUUUGGACAGAACAGAGGAUGAGACGACACAGAAAAGAGACCCAGGACCAAACAAAGACAAAUUAAUCAUUAUCCUAGUAGGCCGUGAGUAUGUGCUGAAAUCCUCAUUGGCAGACUUGGGACGGAUUGCAGAUUACAUAUCUAGCCCCAAAUAUGUGGUGGAAGUUUCCUCACAGAAAGGCUCUUAUGAACGAAGGAAGAUAUGGCGUGCUCAUGCUAAAAGAAAGAACAUACAAUUUGAAGAGUCAACUGUUGCUCGGAUAUGUGAGGCUGACUGUCCACACGGGUUUCCCCAUGUCUGUAGAAUGUUUGUGGCAACACAUGAAAAGGAUCAGACUCAGCUUCCAGAGACUUUUUUCCAAGAGCCCAUUGCUUUCCUCAACAAGACUUUGCAUAAGCUUUCUAAAGACAAGUUAACACGUUCACUGUUCAUGGCUAUGAUUAUGAGAGAUGGGAUGGUUACUGGUCAAGAAAUGGAGGAGGACGAUAGCCUUGGGUAUGAAUGCAUAGCAGCUGCUGAUGAUUUGGUUGGAUCUUAUCUCAGGAAGGAAGAUGACACGUACAUGUUUGAUCAUCCAUCUAUAUAUGACAGUGUGGCUUUGAUUCUCAGUUCAAAGCAGUCAAAGUUUGUCAUAGAAAAUUGUAGUUUGUCAUUUAUUCGUCAGCGACUUUGUCUUGCACCCUCCAGAGAAACAGGGAGAAACGUUGCUGAUGAGACAGAUCUUGUUGCAAAUAUCCCAUGGACUUAUGCUAAAUAUUUAGCUAGAAGAUUUGCAACUGAAAUUAAAAGGAGCAAUUUGUUGCAUGUUUUAUCACACCAGGCAUGUUGUAAUUCAGAUUUUGUUGACUUGCUAAUGGACAACUUGAAGACAUACAGUGGCAUGUCUGUUCCUGAUAUUCUGAAACUAAGUGAUAAUUCGUCAAAACAGUCAUUUUGUGAAUUACUUUCCAGCAACAAGUCACAGCAUAUCAUCAAAUAUCUUAUGGAGAAAGAAAAUAUAUCAUUCAGCCAGAGUGAAGGAAGGGACAUUUUAUUGGGUGUGUGCAUGAAUGCAGCUUGCAAUAUAUUGACCUACAUCAGUGGACACAUGAAACUUGAGAUGAAUGCUAGAUAUGGAAGGGAGGAGAAGACACCUCUUAUGUUAGCAGCAGAAACCAGAGACAGUGUGUUUGUCAGUCAGAUUUUGUCCCUUGGUCCUGACCUGAAAGCAAGAGACAUUGACAAACAAACUGUCUUUCAUUACCUCUGCCGAUAUGGCCUUACCUCUGCUGUGGAAUAUGUGAUCAACAAUAGAGUGAAAGUCGACAAGCAUCACGCUCCAUACCUUGCCAUAGAGAACGGUCACUUAGAGGUGGUGAAACUGUUGGUUAAAAGAAGAGUUCAUAUAAAUUACAAGAAAGGUCUUAGAUGUGCUGUUAAAAGCCAGAAUGCAAACAUGGUGGGUUUUUUCUUAAACAGCGGGUCAGAGGUCGACAGUAUUGCUUUACGCACUGCAUGUGUGGCCGGGGAUUUGCAUAUAGUGGAGAUGUUGUUUGAGAAGGGUGCUAAUGUUCACAUGAUGUUGCCUGAUGGAGAUACUCCUUUACUCAGCUCGUGUCGAGGAAACCCUGCUGUUGUGUUGUAUUUACUGAAGAAAGGAGCAUGUGUGAACCAGGUUUCAAAUGUUACAGGUGACACACCACUUCAUAGAGCAGCAGGAUCGGUAUCUGUAGGCAAAAGUGUUAAUGUGUUACUCGAGGCUGGGGCUAAAGUUAAUGUACAGAAUAAAACAGGUAACGCACCACUUCAUGAAGCAGCAGGAUGGGGAUCUGUAGAGAGUGUUGAUGUGUUACUGCAGGCUGGAGCAGAUGUUAAUGUACAGGAUAAAACAGGUAGCACACCACUUCAUGAAGCAGCAAGGUGGGGGUCUGUAGAGAGUGUUGAUGUGCUACUGAAGGCUGGGGCUGAAUUUAAUGUACAGAAUGAUGCAGGUGACACACCAAUUCAUGGAGCAGCAGGACGGGGAUCUGCAGAGUGUGUUGAUGUUUUACUGAAGGACGGAGCAGAAGGUAAUAUGCAGAAUAAUGCAGGUGACACACCACUUCAUGAAGCAGCAAGACGGGGAUCUACACGGAAUGUUGAUGUGUUACUGAAGGCUGGAGCAGAUGUAAAUGUGCAGAAUAACACAGGUUACACACCACUUCAUAAAGCAGCAGGACACGGAUCUAUACAGAAUGUUGAUGUGUUACUGAAGGCUGGUGCUGAUGUUAAUGUCCAGAAUAAUACAGGUGACACAUCACUUCAUGAAGCAGCUGGACUGGGUUCCACAGAGUGCAUUGGUUUGUUACUGAAGGCUGGGGCAAAUGUUGACGUACAGAAUAAUACAGGUGGCACACCACUUCAUAAAGCAGCAGGAUGGGGAUCUACACAGAGUGUUGAUGUGCUAUUGAAGGCUGGAGCGCAUGGCAAUGUACAGAAUAACACAGGUGACACACCACUUCAUGAAGCAGCAGGACGGGGAUUUACAAUAUGUGUUGAUGUGUUACUGAAGGCUGGAGCAGAUGUUAACGUACAGAAUAAUACGGGUGUCACACCACUUCAUAAAGCAGCAGGACGACAGGGAUUUACGGAGUGUGUUAAUGUGUUACUGAAGGCUGGAGCAGAAGUCAAUGUACAGAAUAUAAGGGGUGACACACCACUUCAUAAGGGAGCAGCCGAAGCAGCACAAGUGUUAGGAUCCACAAAAUGUGUUGAUGUGUUACUGAAAGCUGGAGCAGAUGUUAAUGUACAGAAUUUAGAGGGUGACACACCACUUCAUAGGGUAGCAUCAGGUCAGGGACCUAGAGGGAGCGUCGAUGUGUUACUGAAGGCUGGAGCAGAUGUUAAUGUACAGAAUAAUACAGGCGACACACCACUUCAUGGAGCAGCGAGGAUGAAUUCUACAGAGAAUGUUGAUGUGUUACUGAAGGCUGGAGCAGAUGUUAAUGUACAGAAUAACACAGGUGAUACGCCACUUCAUAAAGCAGCAGGAUGGGGAUCUAAAGAGUUCGUUGAUGCGUUACUGAAGGCUGGACUAGAUCUUAAGGUACAGAAUAAUGCAGGUGACACACCACUUCAUAGAGCAGCAGGACGGGGAUCGUCAGAGUGUGUUGAUGUGCUACUGAAGGCUGGAGCAGAUGUUAAUGUACAGAAUAAUACAGGUGACACACCACUUCAUAGAGCAGCAGGACGGGGAUCUACAGAGUGUGUUGAUGCGUUACUAAAAGCUGGAGCAGAUGUUAAUAUACAGAAUAGUACAGGUGUCACACCACUGCUCAAAUUUAAACAAUGACAGACGUGAACAUGUAUGAAGAUAGAUGUGGUUUUAUGAUUCCGAAACACUUUUUUCAUUGACCAGCAAACCAAAUGUGAUCUGAGAUUUCACUUCGUAACUGUAGAUUUAUGAAAUGAGAGGAAGAGUAAACACAAGCUGUUUUAUGGAUGGCAAUAAUAUGCAUUCUGUCAAAAUGCCACUUUUCGGUAUUAUUGUUCGGGCGUUUCCUUUAUCCAUGGGUAGGAGGACAUUUGGAUUCACGUAGGUGAACAUCUUCAGUUACUAGAUUUCAUCAUGAUUAUUUAGUUAAAGAAACAACAGCUGUAUUUUAGAUCGCCCUGAAGACAUUAAACAUAAACUAUUAGUUUCUAUACCUCAUUUCCGAUUCCUCUACCUUUAACCAGACAGCGAGACCUGACAGUAAUUUACCGAAUUGCCUACAUGCGGCUCAUUUAUAAUGUUACAAACUUCAACGCUUAAUGAAUAUAUGUAAUAAACUUGAGCUGCAAAGGAAACGCUAGUUCCAACUUGUUUGAAAUGUGUAACUAACCAAUCCAAUGGAACUGAUUGCGUGCUACACGGCGUCCCCAAACCAUCCACAAUGAACCCCAAAUAUGUAAAGUGCACGCGCAGUUUACCCAUUUAUAAAGGUUGAAGUUCAAUAUUAGCAUAAUGCACAGAAUCCAGGUCUGUCACAUUAUUGGCAAAACCCCAGUAUCUAUAAACUUGUACAAUUACUUGGAUGUGAUAUAAUAAAACCAUUUGUAAAAUUGGGUAAAUAUUUAAUACAUUUUAAUCAAAUGAUAAGUUCUCACGCUGCUUAACACGUCCAUGUACAUAUUUGUAUUCAAUUUCAAGACGAGGAACCAGCUAGUUCAAGUCUUAAUAAAGUCUCAGUUCUGUUC